AUGAGCGCGUCAGAAGCCGUUCAACGACAACUCAGAGACGAUUGGAACAACCGCGAGUUUGAACAAGUGAGUGGGGAGAAGACUUGAAAGGGUUGCAUGUGCGAACCUCAAAUACCAAAGCUAAACUGUCUGUGUUCGCUAACUUCGCUAACUUUCAGGUGAUUGCUGACAGCGUCAAGAGCAUCGCUAACUUCUUAUCAACGUUCGGUUCGUUUCUAACUCUUUCUAACAAAAAAACGUCGGUGUGAUGAAAAUGGUGCUUGAUUAGUAGGAAGCAGCUUUCGGUUCACUUAAAAUUUCUAUAUUAGCACCUCACGAGUCUGGCAAUGUCGCUCUACCACCAUCCCACGUAAAAACCCGGCCGUGACCGUGGCCUUUCCCAAUUUAGCACUGAACGAUUGAAAACUUUUUCAGAGCUCUCGUGUCGCAGCAAACUAGCGACGCUGAACGAUAAAAUAAACCUUUUGGAACGAAAGGUUGAAUUUCUGGAAGCUCGCGUUACGAAAGGAGACACUCUCUCGUAG